CCGCCUCGGACGACGUUGACAUGUGCAGUGGAGAAGUGCCGAAGGAUGACUGGAGUACAUUGUCGCAAGCAACACUGCCCAAUUCUGUGCUUACUGUCGCUGAAGCACUGUUGAGCAUUCUAACAUUCUGCAUAUCUGCUGGCCUCAAUUGGAGUCAAAUGGAAGAUCUGGUUAAGCUGGUGAACUUCUUGCUUGGAGAGACUGUUAUACCCUGUUCACGGCACCUUCUAAAAAAAAUGUGGGAAACUUCAGACACUGUGUGCCAUCAUUUCUUUUGUUCAUCAUGCAAGACCUAUGCCGGGAAGCGAGCUGCCCAAGACAUCACUUGCAGUAAUUGUAGUGAAAAUGUCUGUUUAUCAAAUUUCAAGAAGAGCAACUUCUUUUCCACGCUUAGUGUAAAGAAACAGCUAGAAGAUCUCCUCAUGAGCAAAUCGGUAGCACAGGCAUUAUUUGAUCAGCUGAGUAGCCCUGGAAGUGCAUCAUGUUUAUUAAGAGACAUCACUGACGGCACAUUGCUGAAGAAGUGCCGAAAGCACUCAGAAUGGGCUGACAUAACCAUCACCGUGAACACAGAUGGUGCAAGGGUGUUCAACUCUUCAAAAGACAGCCUUUGGCCAAUUCAGUUGGUGGUGAACGAACUGCCAGUACUCUUGAGGUGGAGUAAUGUGCUUUUGGGUGGAGUUUGGUUUGGCCGUGGCCACCCAGACAUGCAGCUUUUCUUUGGGACCUUUGUUAAGGAGCUCAACGAAAUGGGUGCUGUUGUCUGGAGGUGUGGCUCUCGCAUCAUGAAGUCUGUAGUGCGUGUGGCAUGCGUCUGUGUUGAUGCCCCUGCCCGUGCCCUCGUCCUCCACAUGAAGCAGUUCAAUGGACAUUAUGGUUGCAGCUUCUGCUUGGAGCGUGGAACAUUUCUUCAUGGUGCUCUUCGGUAUGUGCUACCUGGCAGUGAUGCACAGGAAGCUGCGUCUGAAAGAAGCACUGCUGGAAUGAAGCAGGAUGCGAAGGAAGCAAGCCGAUGUGGAGCUCCAGUGAAUGGAGUGAAGGGGUCUACAGCACUCUCAAAGCUUGAUGCUUAUGAUGUUGUUUGGGGAACAUGUCCAGACUACAUGCAUGUUGUUCUUGAAGGUGUAUCAAAACAGUUUUGUGCUAUGUGGCUACAAUCUACAGGCUCUCAAUACUAUAUUGGCUCAAGAAAAACAAUCGAACAUUUAAAUUCAAGAAUUUUAGCCAUGAAGCCACCAAAUUGGUUUACCCGCUUACCUCGCAAAUUAUCGGAUUACAGUAUGUGGAAAGCAAGCGAAUGGAAAUGGUGGCUUUUGCAUUAUUCCCUCCCGACUUUGACUGGCAUCUUGCCCACAAGGUAUGUGAAACACUUCAGCCUACUUGUGCAAGGUAUUUACAUCCUUCUAAAAGAUGAAAUCACCAACGAUGACAUCAUAACUUCAUCUGAUGCUCUGUCUGAGUUUGUUGCACACACACAGAUGUUAUAUGGGACUUCUGCAAUGACGUUCAAUGUGCAUGGGCUCCUCCAUUUGCCAAAAAGUGUCGCUAAACUUGGUCCGCUUUGGUCCCAUUCUUCAUUUGUAUUUGAAAAUGGGAAUGGCACUCUUGUUAAGCUUGUUGCCGGAGCCUGUGGUGUUCCCCUUCAAAUAUUGGAGCGUUAUGUACUGUCAAGAAAAUUGAAGACUCUGCCCUACAGCUUGCAACUUUCACCUCAGUCACAGAUCUACUUUGGUUUGCAAAAACCAACCACUGGCAGUGGAAUGAUGUUGCUAGGAAUUGGCAGACGUUGCACAGAUGCGGAGUACCAGAAUCUUGUGCUCAGGCUCGGCCAUCCACCAGAAGUGCUUGUGGAAUAUUACAGAGCUCUCAUUUCAGGGCAGAUGGUACACUCUGUGAACUACAAAAGGCCUCAGAGGACUUUUAAUGCUGCCUUUGUUAGCAGAUCUGGCAAAUUUUUUUUAGUCAAUAGGAUGUUUGAUGGAGCUAGCUCUGAUGCUAUUCUGGAAUGCCAGGAAUUAAUCCCAUCCCAAAAGCUUUUUGCCUCGCACAUUUUAGUUUGUACAAAAAGCACAGACUUUGCUUUUGUCCAUUCAAGUGACUUUUACCGUUUGUGUGUGUUUAUGGAGGUAGAAGGCACAAUUUUUGUCUCCACAAUUCCAAAUCUUCAUGAAAAAGACUAGUAGCCAAUUCAUGCAGAUCCUUUGUUCUUAAAUGUGUAUCACUCUGUCUGUUUGUCUCAACAGUGCAUUUUAUUCGCCCUGUAGAACAUUUUAUUGUCCUAAUAAAAGACUA